UUGGACGAUCAGUUGGACGAUCAGUUGGUCGACCAGUUGGACGAUCAGUUGGUCGACCAGUUGGACGAUCAGUUGGUCGACCAGUUGGUCGAUCAGUUGGUCGAUCAGUUGGUCGAUCAGUUGGUCGAUCAGUUGGUCGACCAGUUGGACGAUCAGUUGGUCGAUCAGUUGGUCGAUCAGUUGGUCGAUCAGUUGGUCGAUCAGUUGGUCGAUCAGUUGGUCGAUCAGUUGGUCGAUUAG